UCUCCCCCUACAACACUCAAUAUUUAAUUCCUCUCAACCAAACAUACUAGACUCUCUUAUUCGCUUUCCUUUUCCUUCGCUCUCUCUUUAGAUCCGAUCAACCGCCAUCUCUUAAUACGACGGUGGGCAUGGCUCUAUCGCGGCUCGCCUCUUCUUCUUCACGCUCCGCUGAUCUUCUGAAACCCCUCUGCUCUGCCAUCUCCCUCCGCCGCCCGAUCUCCACCGACACCACUCCCAUAACUGUGGAGACCUCCGUUCCUUUCACCUCUCACCAGUGCGACACCCCCUCACGCUCCGUCCAGACCAAUGCCAAGGAGCUCUUCACCUUCUUCCGGGACAUGGCGCUGAUGCGUCGGAUGGAGAUCGCUGCCGAUUCACUCUACAAGGCCAAGCUCAUCCGCGGUUUCUGCCACUUGUACGACGGUCAAGAAGCUGUCGCCGUCGGCAUGGAAGCUGCCAUAACUAAAAAGGACUGUAUCAUAACCGCCUAUCGUGACCACUGCACGUUCGUCUCUCGCGGUGGGACCCUGCUGGAAGUUUUCGCCGAGCUGAUGGGACGCCAGGCUGGAUGUUCUAGGGGCAAAGGAGGUUCGAUGCAUUUUUACAAGAAGGAUUCAAAUUUCUAUGGCGGUCACGGGAUUGUCGGAGCCCAGGUUCCUUUAGGAUGUGGCUUGGCGUUUGCCCAAAAGUAUUCUAAAGAUGAAGCGGUCACCUUUGCUUUAUAUGGUGAUGGGGCUGCUAAUCAAGGGCAGUUGUUUGAGGCUUUGAACAUCUCUGCACUUUGGGAUCUGCCUGCAAUUUUGGUCUGCGAGAAUAAUCAUUAUGGUAUGGGGACGGCUGAGUGGAGAGCCGCAAAGAGUCCUGCUUACUACAAACGUGGGGAUUAUGCUCCUGGUUUGAAGGUGGAUGGAAUGGAUGCUUUUGCUGUGAAGCAAGCUUGCACGUUUGCCAAAGAACAUGCUUUGAAGAAUGGACCAAUUAUUCUUGAAAUGGACACUUAUAGGUAUCAUGGUCAUUCCAUGUCUGAUCCUGGAAGCACCUAUCGAACCCGUGAUGAGAUUACUGGUGUUAGACAGGAGCGUGAUCCGGUUGAAAGAAUUAGGAAGCUGAUAUUGUCUCAUGACCUAGCUACUGAGAAAGAGUUGAAGGACAUUGAGAAGGAAAUAAGAAAAGAGGUAGAUGACGCAAUUGCUCAAGCUAAGGAAAAUCCACUGCCUGAAUCUUCUGAGCUCUUCACAAAUGUGUACGCAAAAGGUUUGGGUGUUGAGUCAUUUGGAGCAGAUAGGAAAGAAGUAAGAGCUAUACUUCCAUAAAUUGGGACUUUGUUGGAACGUCUUCAUUCUUUUCUUUAGUUUUACCACCCUCAACCUUGGAAGAAAGAAGAAUAAAGAACCAAAAGAGGGUAACCAGCUCUUCCAAGUUACAAAUAUGACUUAGCACUUGUAUUUGUACGGAAUACUUAUUAUUUUCCCUAAAAAUUACGGGCAGAAUUGCUCCAUUUAAAUUGUGGGUUAACCCGCCCAUGGUUUUACACUCCUAUGAUUAAAUUGUUUGGUGUUUUGCUCACAGCAAUACCUGGAUAUUCAUUUCUUGAAAUGCAGAGGAGCUUAAAUGCUAGCAUUUAUCGAUCCAAA